ACCUGCGCUACGGGCUUUGCGGAUCUUUGCUAUACAAUAUUUCCUCCUAACUAAUAUUUUUGAACUUACCACAGCACAGCAGGCGAUUAUAGCACAUCCUAAUAGAACGAAAGCGGCAAACAAUUGAAACAAAAACACCACAAUAUACGAAAUCAUGCAAGCACCACCACUUCCCGAUGCUCUCAAGGCCAGCGUCGAGGCCAGUAAGGUUGAAUAUGUCAACUUGGGCAAGAGUGGAUUGCGCGUCUCAGUGCCCAUCCUCGGUGCAAUGAGUAUCGGAGAUCCAAAAUGGGCACCUUGGGUUGCUGGCGAAGAAGAGUCCCUACCCCUCCUCAAAGCUGCGUACGAUCGCGGUCUCAAUACCUGGGAUACAGCCAAUGUGUACAGCAAUGGAGCUUCAGAAAUUAUCAUUGGCAAGGCGAUCAAGAAGUACAAUAUCCCGAGACAUAAGUUGGUUAUUUUGACGAAGUGUCAUGGGUCGGUGGGUGAGACACCGGAGGUUAGAGGGUUCUUCUUUCCUAAGGAGAUUAGAGCCAGCAAGGACUAUGUGAAUCAGGGUGGACUCUCCCGUCAAGCAAUCUUCAACCAAGUCAACGCCUCCCUCGCACGUCUCGACAUCGACUACAUCGACCUCCUCCAAAUCCACCGCUUCGACCCCAACACCCCCAUCGAAGAAACAAUGCAAGCCCUCCACGACCUGAUCCGCAGCGGCAAGGUCCGAUAUAUCGGCGCAAGCAGCAUGUGGGCUACACAAUUCGCCCGCAUGCAGUUCGUUGCUGAGCAGAGAGGAUGGACCAAAUUCGUUAGUAUGCAGAAUCAGUACAGCCUGUUGUACCGCGAAGAGGAGAGGGAGAUGAAUAGAUUCUGUAAUGAUACAGGUGUUGGCUUGAUCCCGUGGGCACCCCUCUGCCGCGGACACCUCGCCCGACCCCUCUCCGCCCUCGGCAGCACCACCCGGUCCGCACCCGAGAAAGAAAAGGGCCUCACCCCUGAAGACAACAAGACCAUCGAGCGCGUACAAGAACUCGCCGACAAGAAGGGCUGGAAGAUGAGCCACGUGGCGCUAGCGUGGAUCAAUAAACGUGUCACGAGCCCGAUUAUUGGGUUCAGUAGUCUGGAUAGGUUGGAGGAGUUGAUUGAUAUUAGGGGGAAGACUUUGACGGAUGAGGAGGAGAAAUAUCUUGAGGAGUCGUACGUUCCGAAGGCUAUUAGUGGGCAUUCGUAGAUGAGAUGGUUUGUCAGGGGAGAUGGAGAGGGGAGAUGGAGAGGGGAGAAGAUGAAUGUCGUUAUGGAGAAGACGAACAAGCGGCUGGAAAAAGAAAGUUCAAAAUGGAAGACUUGUUAGAUAAUCUCGCCAGAAGAGCAGAUCAGCAUUCUCUCGUCCCCCUCUCUUCAUUCCUGACGAAAUGCACAAUCUUUCUCUCUCAUCAUCUCUCUCUCAUCCUAUCAGCUAGCUCAUUUAUAAUAGCCCACCCGCCUCUCCUCCAUCCAACUAUAAACAUUAUCUCACCUUAUCAAUCUGCUUACAUCACAGUUACUCUUGAACCUGAAAACCCCCAGAACGAAGCAACCAAGCAACCAAGCAACCAAGCAACCAAGCAACCAAGCAACCAAGCAACCAAGCAACCAACCACCCAACUAUGCACCACCCACCCUGCCCUUCAACUACAUACCUACCAUCAGAUACCUUUACCUCCCUCCAUCAAAAAAAUCACAUCAACCACAUCAACCUCAUUUCGGCUCAACCCAGUUCAGCUUACUACAUACAUACCAAAUCUCCAACCAACCAACCAACCAAUGACGUCUACGGAGUAGUAGUAGUCUAGAUAUAGAGAUAUCACAGUUCGGAUUCGCUUCACUCACGUGUGUCCCAGGUGGGGGCUGCUUCUCUACUACUCGCCUGCUCGCUUGUGCAAAAGCACCUAACUUAUUCAAGCAUACCUACUACUCCAUCCCAAGCAACCUACUCCAUCUCAAGCAUUCUAAUUAUUUCCCGAGAUGCCGCUGCUGCUUACAUACAUUACCAGGACUCGACCCGACCCUGUUACCGAGACGAGGUGAGGUGACGUGAGGUUCGCCGCUUUCAUACAUAGAUAUGUCAUAAAGAGUAGAAUGGACCUUCUUAUUUGGGAAGAAGAAGAAUGAGUAUUGGUAUGAUUAUCUAUGAGUAGCUAGCUAGCUUGGUUCUACUGUAUUAUUGAGUUCUGUUCUGCUGGGUCGAGUCAGGUUGGGUUGGGUUGAGUCGGGGUGGUGCUUUGUGUGGUGCUUUGUGGUUGUUCGUUUGGGCUGUUAAUUUAAUUCAGUCAGAUGGUGUUGGUUUGGGAUGGUUUGGAGUCAUUGGCCUGAAUUGGUUUCGAUGGUUCAUUCAGGUAGCACAAGUCCGAGAAGGUGUGGAUGGAUAUUGGUAUAUGACUGAAUGGAAGUGGGUUUAGACGUGAAAUCAAAGUCGGAUGUGGACGGCAGGUUGGAUGGAUGAUGUGUGGAUCUAUCCCGUCUUGGACAACGUUGGAAAGUGUGAGGAUUGACGCACAGACGACCCCCCCUGUAGUCGGACGAA